CUUUCUCAUGCUCCUCCCCAGCGCCCGCCGGUCACUGUGAGGAAGGUUCCCAGCCGUUUCACAUGUGGCUUCCUCAAACAACAACCACCGCUGAGACAUGAUCCGCAAUGACGGGAGGAAGGGGCCGGCUGCCAGGAAAUCCUCCCUGGACGGGCUUUACUGGGAGGAACCAGAGGCCCGGGGCAAGCACCAGGCUCCCAAAGCCCCCCUGAGAGGCGAGUGCUGCCUGAGGACCACCGAGUCCGAAGUCUUUGAUGACGGCACCAACACGUUCUUCUGGAGAGCGCACACACUCACCGUGCUGUUUAGCCUCACGUGUGCGUUGGUGUACGUCACCCUGCUGGAGGAGACCCCUCAAGACACGGCGUAUAACACGAAAAGAGGCAUCGUCGCUAGUAUAUUGGUGUUCCUGUGUUUCGGCGUCACACAGGCCAAAGAUGGACCUUUUUCAAGACCUCAUCCCGCGUACUGGAGGUUCUGGCUGUGCGUCAGCGUGGUCUACGAGCUGUUCCUUAUCUUCAUUCUCUUCCAGACUGUCCACGACGGGAGACAAUUCAUGAAAUUUAUCGACCCGAAAUUGGGCGUUCCUCUGCCCGAAAGAGAUUAUGGCGGAAAUUGUCUUAUCUAUGAUCCUGGCAAUAAAACCGAUCCUUAUCACAAUGUGUGGGAUAAGAUGGAUGGCUUUGUUCCAGCACAUUUCCUUGGAUGGUAUAUAAAAACACUAAUGAUCAGGGACUGGUGGAUGUGCAUGAUUAUCAGCGUAACGUUCGAGUUCCUGGAAUACAGCUUGGAGCAUCAGCUGCCAAACUUUAGUGAAUGCUGGUGGGACCACUGGAUCAUGGAUGUUUUGGUCUGUAACGGAUUUGGAAUUUAUUGCGGGAUGAAGACCCUAAAGUGGCUUUCGAUGAAGCCGUACCAAUGGCAGGGCCUUUGGAAUAUCCCUACGUACAGGGGUAAGAUGAAGAGAAUAGCUUUUCAAUUCACACCUUACAGCUGGGUCAAAUUCGAAUGGAAACCCGCUUCGAACCUGCGCCGGUGGCUAGCGGUCUGCGGAAUCAUAUUUGUGUUUUUGUUGGCCGAACUCAACACGUUUUACCUCAAAUUUGUCCUGUGGAUGCCGCCGGAACACUGCUUGGUCCUGCUACGGUUGGUCUUCUUUGUGAACGUUGGCGGCGUAGCCAUGAGAGAGAUCUACGACUUCAUGGACGAUUCGAAGAUCCAUAAGAAGCUGGGGCAGCAGGCGUGGAUGGUGGCUGCGAUAACGGUGACCGAGUUUCUCAUUGUCAUCAAGUAUGACCCGAUCACCUUAACAUUGCCUUUACCGUUCUACGUAACGCAGUGCUGGAUCCUCGGAAUCGUUAUCGUGCUUAUUUGGACAGCGUGGAGAUUCUUCCUAAGAGAUAUCACGCUGCGCUGUAAGGAAAUCCGAACGCACACGCAAGAAUACAAAAGCGAAGACGACAAAGUGCAGAGGAACGGACAGGCGACUUCGGAGAGGAAUAUCUCGAAGCCGAAAAAGCUCUGAGUUUUAGAAACAAAAAGAGAGAGCGUUGUUACCGAACAAAAAUUGUACUUUUUAUAUUUUAAUGUAUUGAAUAUGUCUGCUAUUUAAUAACAAAAUACGUAAACCUCG